UUUUCUUUUGGGUAAUCCAUGGUGGGGCUGAUAAUUAUGGAGUGGUCUGAACUCCCUUUCCCUGGGGAUCUGCAAAGCUUUGUUAAGGCUACUGUUAUCAGCACGACAAGCUGGUGAUGGUUGGGUUAGCUAGUGACCAUAGCGUCCAUGGGGCGGGGCCGGCGGUUUGAGAAUAUGCCAGCAUCUGGGAGGGUGUGAGAACAUCCCAGUCAGUGUGCUUUAGGUCCUGUGUGUGAAACUUGUUAAGGAACCGCUCCGCCAAGCAGCCAGAGGCAGUCAGGGAGCUCAGGGGUACAGACCCUGGCGGCGGCGGCCGGACCAGCUGCUGGCAACUGAGCGCUGAUCAUGGAGCCCCAGCGCGUGUGUGCGACUUUGUACCUGUUGGCGCUGCUUCUCCGGGCAGCAGAGCAUGGCACAGAUGGCCUUAAGAUGAUUCCUAAAGUCACAGAAAUCUUUCCAAAAUAUGGUAGCAUAAAUGGAGCAACACGACUGACCAUCAAAGGAGAAGGCUUUGCUCAAGCAAACCAGUUUAAUUAUGGAGUUGAUAAUGAGCUGUUGGGGAACAGUGUUCACUUUGUUUCUGCUACUCGGUCAAUUCCUUGUGAUGUUGAAAAAGAUGCAAGUCAUUCAACUCACAUAACCUGCUAUACUAGAGCAAUGCCUGAAGAUACUUAUUCAGUUAAAGUCAGUGUGGAUGGAGUUGCUGUCAAGAACGAUAAUAUCUGCAGAGGCCAUAUCAACAAUUGGGCAUGUAGCUUCCAGACUAAAAAUUUCAGAACCCCAACAAUAAGGAACAUCACACCUUUGACUGGAUUACCAGGCUCAAUAAUAACAAUCCAAGGCAGGAUCUUCACAGAUGUCUAUGGAAGUAACACUGCUUUGAGCUCAAAUGGAAAAAAUGUUAGGAUUUUGAGAGUUUAUGUUGGAGGCAUGCCCUGUGAACUUCUCAUACCUCAAUCAGAUAAUUUGUAUGGUCUAAAACUAGACCACCAAAAUAGUGACAUGGGCACUAUGAUUUGUAAAAUGACUGGAACUUAUAUUGGUCAUCACAAUGUCAGUUUCAUCUUAGAUAGUGAUUAUGGGAGGAGUUUUCCACAGUUAUCAACAUAUUUCAUAUCCUCUCUUAAUAAAAUUGCAAUGUUUCAGACAUAUGCAGAGGUCACAAAAAUUUCACCAUCCCAAGGGAGCUUUCAAGGUGGCACGUUACUGACCAUAACUGGACAUUUCUUUGAUCAGACUGACUCCCCAGUUCGUGUUAUUAUCGGAGGUCAGAACUGUGAGGUACUGAGAGUCACAGAAAAUAACAUAUAUUGUAAGACACCGCCCAGACCUAGUGUCUUUAGAACCACAUAUCCAGGUAGCAGAGGCUUAAAGCUUGAAGUGUGGAAUAAUAGCCGCCCUACUCAUCUUGAAGAAAUCUUAGGGUAUAACGAAAGCACCCCAGGAUACAUGGGGGACACUUGGGUUGACACAGCUUCCUACGCUUGGCCUAUGGAGCAAGACAUGUUUGUGGCCCGAUUCAGUGGCUUUCUGGUGGCCCCAGACUCUGAUGGCUUCAGAUUCUACAUUAAAGGUGAUGACCGGUAUGCUGUGUACUUCAGCCCCACGGGAAAUCCAGAAGACAAGGUGAAGAUUGCAUAUCAUUCUUCAUAUGCCAAUAAUUAUUUUUCCAGUUGGACACAAAGAUCAGAUGUUUUUCAGCUUCAAAAAGGAAAAGAAUAUUACAUUGAAAUAUUAUUGCAGGAAUAUGGACAAAGUGCUUUUGUUGAUGUUGGAUUAUACCAAUUUAAAAAUUUUUAUACUGAACAACAAACAAGAGAUGCUGUAAAUGAAGAACAAGUUAUUCAAACCCAGUCUACAAUUGUGCAGGAGAUACAGGUCAUAACUUUAGAAAACUGGACAACAACUAACCCAAAAAAUGAAAUUCAGAAGGUCACAGUAUCCAGCCCAUGUAUGAAAUCUAAUGCAUGUUCAUUUUAUCAGUAUAAAUUAAUCUACAACAAGGAAGAAACAGUUUUGCUACCAGUGGAUUCAUCAGAUACUGCCAUGGAGUCAGCUUUAAAUGCUCUAUUGUCUAUACAGCCUGAUGCGGUUCAUGUGGUAAGAACAGAAGAUGAACAGAGCUAUGUUUACACUGUAACCUUUAAAUCAGUCAGAGGUGAUUUUGACCUGAUCACUUAUGAGAUACUUGAAGGGAGUAACAUCACAGUGGAUAUUACUGAACAAACCAAAGGAAUACCUAGUUUGGAUACUUUCACAUUGACUUGGGAUGGCAUUUCUUCUAAGCCUCUAACCUCUUGGUCAUCAGAAAAUGAGGUUCAAACAGCAUUGGAAGAAAUGGUUAGUGCCAGAUGUCCAAAAGAAAUUGCCCACCUUAAGGAAGGUUUUGCCGUGAAGUACUUCAGAGAUUAUGAGACUGACUUCAGUUUGAAACACAUUAAUCGAGGUCAGAUAACAUCUGAAACUCUAGCUUAUUGUGGUCGUUUUUCCCUGAAAAAUCCAGCUCUUCUCUUUGAUUCAGAAGAUGUUAAACCAAAUGGAAUGCCUUAUGGAAAUAUGUCAUUAUUUCUUUAUAAUCAGUUUUGUCUUGCCUACAAAGGAUUCCUGUCAAAUCAUAUUGGCCUAAAAUUUCAGUACCAAGACAGUAAGAACAAAGAAACUAAAAACACCUAUAUGCAGUUCUCCUUUCUCUUUAUUCAAGGGAGCAAUUGGACAUAUACUUGCAUAGAUCUGCUGCACCUCAUACAAGGAAAAUACUCCGGGAAAAAUUUCUUCCUUCAAAGUAUUGUUUUACAGAAAGCAUCUGAAACACAGUCCUUCUUUGUGGAUGUUGUAUAUCUUGGACAGAUAGCUACAAUCUCAACUACAGAUGACGUACCAAAGAGAAGACUUCCAGCAUUGGCCAAUAGAGGAAUAUUUCUAAAGUACUUUCAAGUGAGGAGGACUAAAAUGGUCAGGUCACCUGCAACCAUCCAGUACACUGUGACAAUGAUUUCAUGUAAUUGUAGUUACAGAAUACCCUUAUUGGCUGUAGGGUUUGCACAGGUUAUCACUAAUAACACAGAGAAUGAAUCCAUGUACAGAGGGAUGAACUGGCCGGGAGGAUCACAGAUUCGUAUCCAAAGAACUCAAGCAGCAUCUCCACCAAUACGUGGCAGCUUUGACAUUCAAGCGUAUGGCCAUAUACUUAAAGGUCUCUCUGCUGACAUUUCAGCUGUGGGUUUACAGUAUGCACUCCAAAGUAUUCCAGAAAUGGGACAAGUCUCAGUGACAAGAGAGGGAAGCUGUGCUGGGUAUUCAUGGAAAAUCAAGUGGAGAAGUGCAUGUGGAAAACAAAAUCUUCUGCAGAUUAAAGAUUUCAACAUCACUGGAGAAAAGGCUAAUAUUACAGUUACAAAAAUAACUGAAGGUGGACUAUUCAGACAACACAUACUAGGAGACCUACUUCGUACACCCAACCAGCAACCUCAGGUUGAAAUUUAUAUUAAUGAACUUCCAGCUAAAUGUUCUGGUAACUGUGGAUAUAAAUGGGAUGCACUGAAUACUCCAAUAAUCUUGGCCAUAAAUCCUACUCAAGGAUCAUAUGAAGAAAAAACAAUUCUAACAAUAUCAGGCUCCGAAUUUUCUCCAAAUCUAGCAACAUCAGUUACUGUUGGGUCAGUAGAUUGUCCUGUUCUCUCUGUUAAUGAAAAUGAAAUCAAGUGUCACAUCCUUAAAGGAAAAGCAGGAAAAUUUCCAGUUACUGUCUCCAUAGCUGAAAUGGGCCUGGCAUACCCUGAAGGGGGAGUAAUGUUUAACUUCACCUAUAACACUCAGAUUUUACAUAUUUGGCCAACUUCAGGAAGCCUUGCAGGAGGCACUCUGCUGACUCUCUCUGGAUUUGGCUUUUCCAAAGACUCCAAGAUACUAAUAGGAAAGAAAAGCUGUGAUGUGAUUAAGGGAGAUUUGAAUGAGAUAAGAUGCAGAACUCCAAAGGCAUCUGAGGGAACAUUUGAUGUUACUCUUAUGACCAAUGAACUACAAGCAAGUGCUAAUGCUGCUUUUAGUUUCAACAUUUCACAGACUCCUGUCAUAAUGUCCUUUAGUCCUAAAAUACGGAUGUUACUUGGAGAUGUAAAUUUAACUAUUAAGGGCUAUAAUUUUGGAGAUGAACACUUACAGAACAUGGUACAUGUUGGAGGAUCAAAUUGUACUGUUCUGCAUUGGAACUUCACAGAUAUUAUAUGUCUUCUGCCCAUAUUACCUCCUGGGAACUAUGACAUUUGUGUAGAGGUUGGAAACUGGGGAUUUGCAUCACCAAGUGAACAAUUAAAUGUUUCUAUACAGUAUAUUUUGCAAGUGACCAACAUAUUUCCACAAAAAGGCUCAUUAUAUGGUGGUUCUGAAAUCACUUUAAUGGGCUUUGGAUUCAGCACAACACCAGAUGAAAACAGUGUGUUCUUUGGAUCAUUUCCUUGCAAUGUAACAUCCUCUUCAGAGACAAGUAUAACAUGUAUUCUUCAUUCAACAAAGAAUGUAUUCAGAGUUACCAACCAAGGAAAAGAUUCAGUAUAUGGAGAAGGAUAUGCAUGGUCUCCAUCAGUCUUAAAUAUAUCUGUGGGCGACACAGUGAUAUGGCAGUGGCAAGCUCAGCCUUUCAUCAGAGGAAUAGGUUAUCGUGUUUUCUCUGUUUCAAGUCCUGGAAAUGUGAUUUAUGAUGGCAAAGGAUUUACUAGUGGAAGCCAAAAAACUACAUCAGGUUCUUUUUCUUACCAAUUUACUUCACCUGGGAAAUAUUAUUAUAGCACUGGCUCCAUUAAUGAAGCACAGACUAUAUUUCUUCAAGGAGUAAUUAAUGUUUUGCCAGCUGAGAACAAAUAUCUUCCAUUACGCCUAUUUAUUGGUGGAAUUGAGGCAACAUAUGCUCCAGAAGGAUCUAAUGAAUCAAGCACAAGAAUAUCAGUAGCAGAUCACAUAGGAGAGGAGCCUUCAUGUGUCCAAAAUAAUACUGGGAUUAAAAACCUUAAUGGAAUUUUCUUUGAACUUUCAAGUUGUUAUUCACCAUCCAUAAAUAGCAUUAGCCCAUCCUAUGGCUCAGUAAAUGAAGUGAUAACAAUAACUGGACAUCGCUUUAGCAAUCUUGGAUAUGCUAAUAAGGUUACCAUUGGUGGCUAUCCUUGUGUCAUAGAAGAAAGUUCCGAAAAUGUCAUCAUGUGUCAUAUUGACCCUCAAAACUCAAUGGCUGUUGGAAUUGGGGAAUUAGUUUCAUUAAUUGUGCACAACCUGGGUGCAGCCGUAAACACUUUGACCAAAGAAUUGGAGAGACGGUUUGUUCUUUUGCCCCAUGUUGACACGGUGACUCCAAAUGUUGGAUCUACCAAAGGGAUGACAAGAGUGAUCAUUAAGGGGUCAGGAUUUGCUGCUUCUUCUGAUCAUAUCAAAGCUACCAUGGGAGGUUUUCCAUGCACCAUCUUGUCAGUUAAUUACACUGUGAUUGAGUGUGAGACAUCCCCUGCUCCUGAACAGCAUGUGGACAUAGAUCUUCAAAUACAUGAUAUUCCUGCUCAAUGCAAAGGAAAGUGUAGCUUUUCUUAUUUGGACAUCAUCACACCCUUUGUAACAAAAGUCUUUCCAAACACAUUACAAAAUGUUUCUACUAAGGUUCUAAUAGAAGGUCAAGGAUUUGGGGAAUGCUUGGAGGACAUUCUUAUUUAUAUUGGAGAUAGACAAUUCAAAGCAGUAGAUGUUAACAACACAAGCAUUUCUGUGGUUGUGAAUGCAGUCCCAGCUGGUUAUUAUCCCUUAAGAGUUAUAGUGAUGACUAAAGGCUUGGCAGCUGGAAAUUUCACUGUGAACAGCCCCUUAGCAGCAUCUUUACUGCCAGCCUCUGGAAGCACUGAGGGCGGCACUGCUUUGAUUAUUACAGGAAAUGGAUUCUCUCCGGGGAACACAACAGUAACAAUUGGAGAUGCCCCAUGUAAGAUUGUAUCCAUUACCCCCAGUGAAGUACUCUGUAACACUCCAGCCAGGCCAGCUUCAACUGUCCUUGUGAAGAUCCUCAUAAAUUCAUUUGCCUUCCCACCUUUGUCAUUUACAUACUCAUUGGAUGAUACACCGUUUCUCAAAGAUGUUGCCCCAGCCAGAGGAUCACCCGGCACUGAAAUUGAAAUCAUUGGAUCUUCAUUUGGUUUUGAUAUCUCAGAGGUUGUAGUGACAAUAGAUGAUGCUCAAUGUAAUAUUACAAUGGUCAAUGACAGCAUAUUGCAUUGCAGAGUUGGGGACCAUGCUGGUGGCAUUUUCCCCAUUAUGCUGAGACAUCUGACUAGAGGCUAUGCAGUUUCCAGGACUGUUUUUGAGUAUUCACUCACAGUUCAGAAUCUUUCUCCAAGACAAGGGAGCUUUGGUGGUGGGCUAACAAUGACAGUGAUUGGCUCUGGAUUUAAUCCACAAAGCUCAACAGUAUCAGUGUGUGGCACUGAAUGUGAAGUAGACAGACUUCAAUCUGAUUGUAACACCUUAUUUUGUAAAGUUCCACUUAAUAAUGGCAGUGGAGCUCAUCAAGACUGUGAAGUGCGGGUUGCUAAUGGGGAGUUCUCCACAAAGUCAAACACUGCCUUUACAUACAUGGCCUCCUUAACUCCAGUCAUCACUGAAGUAGCACCAAGAAGAGGAGGCACAGAAGGAGGCACAAGACUCAUGAUCAAAGGAUCAGGAUUUAGUUCAAAUAUGGAGGAUGUCCAUAUCACAAUUGGACAAGCUGAAUGCGAUGUGGAAUCUACCAAUGAGACACACAUAAUCUGUAUUACAAAUGCUCAUUCUCCUUCCCAGUGGGUUAAAAUUUAUGUCAACAUUGGAAACAAUGGCAUUGCCAAACUGGAUAUUGCUGAUUUCCUCUAUAUUGAUGUCUGGUCCUCCAAUUUUUCCUGGGGAGGCCAGUCUCCCCCAGAGGAAGGGUCACUUGUUGUAAUUACAAAAGGACAAAUAAUUUUGUUGGAUCAAAGUACACCUGUUCUUAAAAUGCUGCUUAUUCAAGGGGGAAGUCUGAUAUUUGAUGAGGCAGACAUCGAGCUUCAGGCAGAGAACAUUUUGAUUACAGAUGGAGGCACUCUCCAGAUUGGAACUGAAGCAUCUCCCUUCCAACACAAAGCAAUUAUUACACUACAUGGACACCUACGUUCUCCUGAGCUUCCAGUCUAUGGAGCAAAAACUCUGGCCAUAAGAGAGGGAAUACUUGACCUUCAUGGUCUACCUAUUCCCGUGACCUGGACUCGAUUGGCUCAGACUGCAGAAGCAGGGGAGAGCACUCUGGUUUUACAGGAAGCUGUAACAUGGAAUGUGGGAGAUAAAAUUGUAAUUGCAACUACUGGACACAGACACAGUCAAAGAGAAAAUGAAAAGAAUACAAUUGCAUCCAUUUCUGAGGAUGGCAUGACUGUAAAGCUAACCAAUCCCUUGAAAUAUACACAUUUAGGAAAGACUAUCACACUUCCUGAUGGAACAUCAUUUGAAGCAAGGGCAGAAGUUGGUGUUCUUACAAGAAAUAUCCUAGUGAGAGGCUCUAAUAAUGUGGUAUGGAAUGAUAAAAUACCAGCAUGUCCUGAUGGAUUUGAUACAGGGGAAUUUGCUACCCAGACAUGUCUACAAGGGAAGUUUGGUGAAGAAAUAGGAAGUGACCAAUUUGGAGCCUGUAUUAUGUUUCAUGCUCCAGAACCUAGUGCAAAUCUAGUCACAGGAAGAAUAGAAUAUGUGGAGGUAUUCCAUGCUGGCCAGGCUUUCCGAUUGGGACGAUAUCCCAUACAUUGGCAUCUGUUGGGAGAUUUGAAGUUCUCAUCUUAUGUAAGGGGCUGUGCCAUUCACCAGACCUAUAACAGAGCAGUUACCAUUCACAAUACACACCACCUUCUUGUUGAGAGGAACAUCAUUUAUGACAUCAAAGGAGGAGCAUUUUUUAUUGAAGAUGGGAUUGAGUAUGGCAAUGUCCUUCAAUAUAAUCUGGCAAUAUUUGUCCAGCAAAGCACUAGCCUUCUAAAUGAUGAUGUGACUCCAGCAGCAUUUUGGGUAACCAACCCAAAUAAUACCUUAAGACACAAUGCUGCUGCUGGUGGCACUCACUUUGGUUUCUGGUACCGAAUGAACAACCACCCUGAUGGACCCUCCUAUGACCCAAAAAUUUGCCAAAAAAGAGUUCCUCUUGGAGAAUUCUUUAACAACACUGUUCAUUCACAAGGCUGGUUUGGUUUGUGGAUUUUUGAAGAGUAUUUCCCCAUGCAAACAGGAUCUUGUACAUCUACUGUUCCUUUACCUGCAGUGUUUAAGUCAUUGACUACUUGGAAUUGCCAAAAAGGAGCUGAAUGGGUCAAUGGGGGAGCUCUUCAGUUCCAUAACUUUGUGAUGAUCAAUAAUGAUGAUGCUGGAAUAGAAACCAAGAUGAUCCUGGCUAAAUACGUGGGUGGGUGGGGUGAAAUCAAUGGAGCAUUGAUAAAAAAUGCCAAGAUUGUUGGUCACCUUGAUGAACUGGGACUGGGCCCUUCAUACUGUACUUCAAAGGGUCUACUUCUCCCAUUUAAUGAGGGAUUAACAGUAUCUUCUGUAGACUUCAUGAACUUUGACCGUCCAAACUGUGUUGCUUUGGGAGUAACAUCCAUUCUUGGAGUUUGCAAUGAUGCAUGUGGAGGCUGGAGUGCUAAAUUUAUGAACAUCAAAUACUUUCAUGCACCAAACAAAGCUGGAUUUCGAUGGGAACAUGAAGUUGUACUGAUUGAUAUUGAUGGGACACUUACAGAACACAAAGGACACUCAGUUGUUCCACACAGCUCAUUGUUAGACCUUGCACAUUGCAAACAAGAAACAGAAUGGAGCAUUGGUUUUCCUGGAUCAGUAUGUGACUCCUCUGUCAGUUUCCAUCGAUUAGCAUUCAACAAGCCUUCCCCAAUCUCUCUGCUGGAAAAAGAUGUGAUUCUUUCAGACUCUUUUGGCACAAGCAUUAUUCCAUUUCAAAAGAAACGACUGACUCAUAUGUCUGGAUGGAUGGCAUUGAUUCCAAAUGCAAACCAUAUUAGCUGGCAUUUUAAAGGUGUAGAACACAUCACAAACAUAUCUUAUGCUUCAACAUUCUAUGGAUUUAAGGAUGAAGACUAUGUUAUAAUAUCUCAUAAUUUCACUCAAAAGGCUGAUAUGUUCAAUAUUAUUGAUAUGAGGAAUGGAUCCUUAAAUCCACUUGACUUGAACACAAGUAGGAAUGGAGACUGGCACCUUGAGAAGAACACUAGUACUUUAUACUACCUAGUGUCAGGAAGAAAUGACCUACCUUCAAAUCAAGCAAUUUCAAAGACAUUGGAUCCUGAUGUGAAAGAUGUUAUUGUGAAUUUCCAAGCUUACUGUUGCUUCUUUCAGGACUGUAUUCCAAUAGAUUCUCCAAAACGCAUUCCUCUUCCAAGAAAACGUCCAGAAAUAUACAACUUAUGGUCCAAUGAUUCUUUUUGGCAAUCAUCACCAGAAAAUAAUUAUAGUAUCCCUCAAGAAGGAGCAAAUGUGGUGAUUCCUGAAGAUACAUGGAUGGUGAUGGAUGUAGAUAUUCCAUCACUGGAAAAGCUUAUUAUUUUGGGAGUCCUAGAAGUGGAAGAUAAAAAAAAUAAUAUAAGCAUUGGAAGAUCCAUUUAUAGAAAAGUAGUGUUGAAUGCUACCUACAUAUCAGUGCAGGGUGGUCGAUUAAUCGGGGGCUGGGAAGACAAUCCAUUUAAAGGAGAAUUACAGAUUAUACUGAGAGGAAGUCAUUCUACUCAAGAAUGGCCUCUUCCAAAUGGACCAAAUCAAGGGUCCAAGGUCUUAGGAAUAUUUGGUGAGCUGGAUCUUCAUGGAAUUACACGGACAGUAUAUAAAACGAAGCUCUCAGAAACAGCCUUUGCAGGUUCCAAAGUCAUAUCACUGAUCGAUGCUGUCAAUUGGGAGGUUGGAGAUGAUAUUGUGAUAACAACCACAAGCUAUGAUCCCAGACAGACAGAAACCAGAAGGAUAGCACAAGUCUUGGCUGAUCAAAGAAGUUUAAUCCUAAAUUAUUCUCUUUCCUAUACUCACAUUGCUGAAAAAUAUCACAUACAAAGCACAGGCCAGAAGUACACAUUGGCUGCUGAUGUUGGAAUACUGAGCAGGAAUAUUAAAAUAAUUGGCGAAGAUUAUCCAGAUCUGUUUAAGGAAUCCUUUGGAGCACGAGUGCUGGUCAGCUCAUUCACUAAAAACAUGGUGACUUACAUAGGAAAUGCAAGAAUCAGUAAUGUUGAAUUUUAUCACAGUGGUCAGGAAGGCUACAGAAGUAAUAUGGACCCAAGAUUUUCUCUGGCUUUUCUUAACCUUGGACAGGAACAAGAAUAUAGCUCAUCUUAUAUCCGUGGUUGUGCUUUUCACAAUGGUUUUUCCCCAGCAAUUGGUGUAUUUGGUACUGGUGGAUUGGACAUUGAGGAUAACAUCAUUCACUUAACAGUGGGGGAAGGCUUAAAGAUAUGGGGAAAUGGCAACCGAGUACGAGGGAAUUUGGUUAGUUCUACCAUUUGGCCAGGAACAUACCAAAACAGAAAAGAACUAAGUUCAACCCUGUGGCAUGCAGCAAUUGAGAUAAAUAUGGGUACCAAUACAAUCUUGCAGGAUAAUGUUGUUGCAGGAUUUGAAAGAAUUGGUUACCAUAUUGCUGGUGAACCAUGUCCAGAUCAAGCUAAUUCAGCAGAAAAGUGGCAUAACAAUGAAGCUCAUGGAGGUUUAUAUGGUGUUUAUAUGAACCAAGAUGGCUACGCUGGGUGCUCUCACAUCCAGGGGUUUACAAUUUGGAAAUGCUGGGAUUAUGGCAUCUAUUUUCAGACCACAGAGAGUGUGCAAGUCUCUAAUGUGACCCUGGUUGAUAAUGGGAUGGGAAUUCUUCCCAUAAUAUAUAUGCCAGCUGCAACAUCUCACAAAAUUUCCAGCAAAACAGUACAAAUUAAGAACUUAUUAGUUGUAGGAAGCAGCCCUCAAUUUAACUGUUCUGAUGUCCUCACCAAUGAUGAUCCUAAUAUUGAACUUACUGCUGCCCAUCGGAGCACUAGACCUCCCUCAGGGGGUAGAAGUGGAAUUUGCUGGCCUACCUUUGCCUCUGCACACAACAUGGCACCAAGGAAACCCCAUGCAGGGCUAAUGAGUUACAAUGCUAUUAGUGGACUGUUGGAAGUUUCUGAUUCCACAUUUGUUGGUUUUAAAAAUGUUUGUUCAGAUGAAACCGCUGUGAUGUUCAUGACAAAUCCUUUAAAUGAAGAUUUACAGCAUCCAAUUCAUGUGAAAAAUAUACAGAUGGUUGACACAACUGAACAAUCAAAAAUAUUUAUACACAGGCCUGACUUAAGUAAAGUGAAUCCAUCAGAUUGUAUAGAUAUGGUCUGUGAUGCCAAAAGGAAAGCUUUCCUUAAAGAUAUUGAUGGCUCUUUCCUGGGGAGUCCUGGUUCAGUGAUACCUCAAGCUGAAUAUGAAUGGAAUGGAAAUAAUCAGCUUGGAGUGGGGGACUAUAGAAUUCCUAAAGUGAUGCUCACAUACCUGAAUGGCAGCAAAAUACCUGUUUCAGAGAAAGCACCAUAUAAAGGAAUCAUUAGAGAUUCAACCUGUAAAUAUAUAUCUGAGUGGCAGAGCUAUCAGUGUUUUGGGAUGGAAUAUGCCAUGAUGGUUAUUGAAAGCCUGGAUUCUGACUCAGAAAUACGUAGACUUUCACCAGUGGCUGUAUUUGCAGAUGGUUAUGUUGAUCUUAUUAAUGGCCCACAGGAUCAUGGCUGGUGUUCUGGAUACACCUGUCAGAAGAGGUUGUCACUAUUUCACAGCAUUGUUGCCCUAAACAAAUCUUAUGAAAUUUAUUUUACUGGCACGAGUCCUCAGAAACUUCGACUAAUGUUGCUUAAUGUUGAACAAAACAAGGUUGUUCGAGUAGCAAUUUUUUUUUCUACUCUUCAGCGUCUGGAUGUCUAUGUGAACAAUUCUCUGGUUUGUCCUAAAAAUACAGUAUGGAACCAUCAACAGCAGGACUGUGAAUUUAGCAUUCACCUACAGACAGGGGAAUACCUUCCUACCCUGAAUUCUGCUGUCUCGGGUGAAAAUUAUUUUGACAGAACCUAUCACAUGCUUCAUCUUUUGGUUAAAGGACCUACUCCUAUUGAAGUCCAUACCACUGCAGUCCUGUUUGUUUCUUUUAAAUUACCAGCAAUGACAGAAGAUCAUUUUUAUAGUUCUAAUAAUCUGGUUAGAAAUCUCGCCUCAUUCCUGAAGAUACCAGCCAACAAAAUUCGCAUCACCAAAAUAAUUAGAGAGAAUGGCCGAAGGAAGAAGAGAAUGGCAGUGAUUGACAUUGAACUAGAGAUUGGGGAACCACCUGCCCAGAUACUAAGCAAUCACACUACAGGUCAAAUGCAAUUAUCUGUACUCCAAGAAAUUGCCAGUUAUCUUGGACAAGCUGUUAUCUUAGGAAAAAUCAAUAGUGUCCUUGGAUUUAAUAUCUCUUCGAUGUCUAUUUCUAAUCCUCUCCCCACCCCAAGUGACUAUGGUUGGAUUCAGGUGACUGCGCAGCCUGUGGAAAGGUCUGCAUUUCCAAUCAAUUACCUGGCCUUUGUGUCUUCUCUUUCUGUGAUUACUCAGCCAGUAGCAGGGCUACCAGGACAUCUAUUUUCCCAGCAGCCUUCAAUUAAGGCAAUGGAUUCUGAUGGUAACUGUGUAUCUGUUGGAAUUACUUCACUGACCCUCAAAGCCAUUCUCAAGGAUGCCAACAAUAAUCAAGUCAGUGGGCUUGGUGGAAAUACAACAGUCCCAUUUAGCAGUUGUUGGGCCAACUACACAGACCUUACUCUUAUUAAAACUGGGAAAAAUUAUAAGAUUGAGUUUGUGUUGAACAAUGUCCGGGUGGAAUCAAGGUCUUUCAGCUUGCCAGUACAGUCCAUCUCCAGUAGUAGUGACAACAAAUCAUUAAAUAUGGAAUCAGCUGCUCAGAAAGUCACUAUUUUAGUUGGAUGUCUAUUAGGGGCAAAACUACUCUUAGAAAUAUUGAUGACUGCUAUUUUGAUUCUGAAGGGAACUACAGAUCAAAUUAAUGAAGUCUUAUAAUGAAGAACAUGCUGAAAACCUGAGAUAUGCAAGCCACAUAGUGAUGAACUAUCUGGUAACCAUGAUACAGAGGAAAAGACAACAGAUUUUUUUUAAGUUCAAGUCAGAUUUACCUUUAUAAGUUUGAAAAGAUAUAAAAACCAUCAUUUGCCUUCAAAAUAAUCAUAAUAUUAUAGGAUUUAGUGCUGAAAAGGAUAUUAAAGUUCUUCAGAUUUCAUUAAAGUAGCCAUCAAGCAUGAAAUGUAAAAGUUUCAUUUUGUUUUAUAAAUUAUUUUGUAUUAUAAUUUUAAAACAUGACAAAAUCUCCAAUUUAGAUAUCCAGGGAUAUGCCACUUUCAAAUUCUUGUUCCAAAAAAGUCAUAGAAGCAUUAUAGAGCAUUAUAAUAUAGUAGGUCACCAAAUAUUCAUUUGAAUCAUUCCAUUUCAGAGGUCAACCCUAUUCCAGUUUAAUUUCUUUAGAUUAGAUUAGAAGCGGUCUGAAAAGAGCAUUCCUUGGGGGAACUAAACAUAUCAAAAAAUAACAAUUUACACAAAAUCUUAUUCAGCAAAUUCCAAAAAGGUUUACUUCUGGUUGAAGAGCUACAAUCAGAGGUACAUAAGUCAUGCUUAUAGCAAAUGAGGAUGAAACACAAAUGAUUUAUUUUGUCAUCUAAAUCCUGUUGAAUAUUUUCAAUAUCUGCCAUCAUCGCUUCCUAAUUUUCCAAGAAGUAUCCCUCAGAGGUCAUUUAGGACAGCAGAGUAAAUGUGGCAACCAGGACCUCUACAACUCUAUUUCUAUUCCCGGGGUACCUCUCCUUCUCCCAGCAUUUUCUCUUAGUUUUACUCUAGCUAUUUAUUAGCAUACUUUAGUGAAUUAUAUAGAAUGAAAAUAUUGAGCAAAGAAAAAAUGUUUGUCUUUCAAGAAACAAGAGUAGUAUAAGAGACACACCUGAAUUAUCUGGAAAGCAAUAAUCAGAUAUUAAACAGGUUUUAAUAUCUAACUACUGCCAUCAACUAACCUUGUUCUAAUCUAAUAGCUCACCUAUACACAUAUAUUCUACAUUUCUUACAUAAUAAAUCAAUAAUAGAAAUUCUCUCUAAUAUUUUAUUUCAGAAACACUGAUAUUUCUAGGCAGAACCAACUUUAUAGGUCUCUCCAUUCAUUGUUCAAAUAUGUCCAACUCUUUGUGAGCUUUUUGGAGGAUUUUCCUAGCAAAGAUACUGGAAUGGUUUGCCAUUUCCUUCUCCAGCUCAUUUUAUAGAUGAGGAAAUUGAAGCAAAAAAGGUUAAGUGGCUUGCCCAGGAUCACAUAGCUAACAAGUAUCUAAGGUCAGAGUUAAACUCAGGAAGAUGAGUCUUCCCAACUACAGAUCCAACACCCUAUCCGUUGUGCCACCUGGGAGUCCUUAAGCUUCCUGGUAGGAAAAGGAAUUUGGUUUUUAGGUGAUAUAAAUUAAGGUCUCCAAAGAAAUUUCCCUUCCAAAAAAUAUUUCUCCCAUUCCAUGCACUACCUGUUAUUCCACCAUUAGAGACAUUUUUCUGAGCUAAAGUAUUAACUUAAAGCAUCUUAUUCGAAAAUGUAAGUAACUGUAGGAAGGAUAAUACAUUACGUUGUCAUUGAAUGUGUUUUAUUUUAUCAAAUUUCUUUUUUGUUAAUAGCCUAAAACAAUAAACAUUUUAAUGAUUAUAACAAAAAAAAAGGGUAAUAUUGCCAAAUACUUUUCAAGGAAACCUAAUCCUCAAGUGUAGGAGAAGGGGAAAAAAAAAGACAUUUGGUAUAUUUGGGGUAGCGGCAUUUGACAGAAAGCAGGAAAUGGGCACAGAAAAGGGAAGUAAGGGGACACUGAAGGUAAACUUUACCUACUUGUAAAAAAUGUUUAAGGAAAAUAUGAUUUAAAUUUAGAGGGUAACUUAAAGAACAUCUAACCCAACUUUUUCAUUUUAUAGAUGAGGAAACUGAGGAGGGUGAAAGGUCAGAAAAUAAAGUGGAAUCAGGUUGAAAUCAAAUGGCUACCAUGCAUGGAUCAUGUAUCACAUCCUAUCUCAACUCCUAAAUAUACCCGUUUUAAGAUAUGUAAAGAUACAUGAUUUUAGUGUACAGGUAUCCCUUUCAAAUCACAACUUUCCCAAUCACAGUUUCAAGAUAACAUCGUGAGUCAGCCUAAGAAAUUAAAUGAGAAUUUUGGAUGAGUUUUAAAGAAGCCGCAGAAAACAUGCAAAAGCCACUAUAAGGCAUAGAAAAAGUUUAGAAACUCAGAAAUGCAUAAAAUAUAUGUAUUGUAUAGUAUCAUAUAUUUUACCUUUUAGUGCUAUAAAUAAACAUAAUUUCUUUUGCAAAGUUAAAAUGAGUAAAUUGUUAGUUUGCAAAAAGAAUGCAAAAGCCAGCAAAUAUCACACAAAGGCUAGAAAUGUAGGGAUAUCUGAACAUUGACCUACCGAUAGCCUAUAUCUAAAUAUUUAAUCCAAAUUUUACAGUAAGGUACUAUAAACAUCCCAUAAAAGAAAAAGAAAAAAUUAGACUUCUUUGCUGGUAUGAAGGGAAGGCCAAAAAAAAUUUAUGUAAAUUUUCCAAACCAUGCUGAGGUGCUAUGCCCCUAACCCUUGUGAUAUGGAAGAGAUACUUGUAUUUUGAGGUUUUGGUUCAUUUUAUUCUAAAGAAGUUUACUUAGUUUCUCUAUUCAUACACAUAUUGUAAACCUUAAAAUUUCUUAGACUUAUGAAUGUUGGAAAUUUCCCCAUUUCCAACAUUAGGUAGAGAGGGUCCUCUUAGACUUAUGAAUGUUGGAAAUUUCCCCAUUUCCAACAUUAGUUAGGGAGGGUCCUCCUCCCUACCUAAGACUACUUUAGGACAGAAACCUUUUGCUAAACAAUAGAAAGGGCUUUGACCUAUGCUUAAGCAUAGAACAGGAAGUUCUUUGAGUCAUGAUUGAUUUUAGAAUUGAUACAAUAGAGAUACUUGGAAUGACAGAACCAGGUCUUGGAAAAUACAAUUUCCACCCUACUUAGAGUAACAGGAUUUAAGAAGGGCUGCAGCAAAGGAUCAAGAUUUAAUUAUUUGAGAAUAUGACCUUCAACAGACAUGGGCAAAGCCACAGACCUCUGGGCGGUCCUGGGUUAAACUAGAACCACCAUUGGCACAGGGGAGACAUCGACAGUGAUUGGUAGAUGUGAGAACUGAGGGGAGGUAACUUAGAUGGUUUCCUUAAAGAUAGCGGGGUCUGAGGAGAGAAGGAGAGGAGGUUGUGCUCUGAGCGAGGUGGCUCUGAAGGAGGUUGGAGAGGUUUUGCUCUGAGAGGUUGUGCUCUGAGAAGACUUGCUCUGAAGGAGGCUGGAGGUGGAGGCCCCUGAGAUUGUUUCUCCAUUUUGGUCACAUGAGUGAUAGGGACUGAUCUCUUUCUUUGCCUCAGCUAUCUAAGGGCUUGGGCCUUUUGGCCCAGCCUAAACAGAGGGGGUAUUUAAGCCCUAUUCUCUUCUCUCCCCUUUCUCUCUCUCUCUCUCUCUCUCUCUCUUUCUCUCUCUCUCUCUCUUUCUCUCUCUCUCUCUCUCUUUCUCUCUCUCUCUCUCUUUCUCUCUCUCUCUCUCUUUCUCUCUCUCUCUCUCUCUCUCUCUCUCUCUCUAAUACCUUUCUUCCUCCUGUUUGUAAUUAAAAACUCCAUAAAAGGUUGACUGCUGACUUGAGUUUUCAUUUAGGAAUUACAUAGCUGAAUUCCUUGGCAACCUUAAAUUAAUAUAUAUCAGUCUUUUAAAGUGAUUUCCUUGUCACAAUAUAUAUGUAUGUCAUUUAUAUAAAAAAGGACAUUUGACUUCUUCAAUAUACCUUUAGAAGUUCUGGCCUGGUAUAUAGAAUGAAUAAAGCAUAAAACAAUUAUAGCAUCAGCAUUUUGUGCUUUGUCCAACUAUCAUUUCCUAGUCUGAUAUUAUAUAAAGUGAUGAUUAAAUAUGUUCCAGCUUUUUAAAAAAAUUUUUUUAUUUUAUGAAACAAAAUAUAAUCUUUACAAUUAAUGUUAGGAAGCCAAACAAUAAAUCUUUAAA